CCCCAUUUUUCAACAGAGGAACCUAAGAUCUAUGCCUGACAGAGCUCGCUCUCAAACCCCAGAGGCUCCAACUAAGCAGGAUUUGGUCAAGCGGCUUCCCUGCGAGAUGGGUGUUGCCAGCAUGGAGUGCAACAGUGAGAAAGAAGACACCAUGUUGCAGUCCUUGGCAGGAGGAGGCCCCUUUGCCUCCGUGGAGCCCCCCAAGAAGGCAACCGGGAGGUUGGUUAUGCACAGCAUGGUCAUGUUUGGCCGAGAGUUCUGUUACGCCGUGGAAGCGGCAUUCGUCACCCCUGUGCUUCUCAGCGUGGGCCUCCCCAAAAGCCUUUAUAGCCUCGUUUGGCUCAUUAGCCCUAUCCUUGGCUUUGUCCUCCAGCCUGUAGUGGGGUCGGCCAGUGACCACUACUCUUCUCGCUGGGGCAGGCGGAGACCUUAUAUUCUAGUCCUUGGCAUUAUGAUGCUACUGGGGAUGGCCCUGUACCUCAAUGGAGACACCGUCAUCUCAGCGCUGGUUGCUGACAGAGCCACACAGAGGACGUGGGCUAUAGUCAUUACCAUGCUGGGAGUGGUGCUCUUCGAUUUUGCUGCCGACUUUAUCGAUGGUCCCAUCAAGGCCUAUCUAUUUGAUGUCUGCUCUCAUCAGGAUAAGGAGAAGGGGCUCCACUAUCAUGCCUUCCUGACAGGUCUGGGCGGGGCCCUUGGCUACCUUACUGGUGCCAUUGAUUGGGGGCAUACUGUCUUGGGAACAUAUUUGGGAUCAGAAUUCCAGGUCAUGUUCUUCUACGCAGCUCUUGUGUUCCUGAUCUGUCUUACUGUACAUUUAUGCAGCAUUCCUGAAACAUCUCUCUCCACCCUCCCAGUAGAAUCGAAAGCCCUCCUGAAAGCCUCUCAACCCUAUGAAUAUGGCUCCAUAGAGAAAGCAAAGAAUGGUUAUUUUAAAAGUGGGUAUAAUGAAAUAAGGAUGUUAUCUCAUCAGGGGCAGCCCACUAGAAAAGCAGACAUCCAGGUCCAGAGGCAAAUGACCAUUAGGUCCCUCCUCAAGGCCGUUCUAAGCAUGCCUUCGCACUACCGCUGCUUGUGUGUGAGCCAUUUGAUGGGAUGGACAGCGUUCCUUUCUACUAUGCUCUUCUUCACUGAUUUUAUGGGACAGAUUGUAUUCAGUGGUGAUCCUUAUGCACCUCAUAACUCCACAGAAUAUAUGACUUAUGAAAGGGGAGUAGAGAUUGGAUGCUGGGGGAUGUGCAUCAAUGCAGUUUCUUCCUCACUCUAUUCCUACUUGCAGAAAGCCCUUCUACCUUACAUAGGAUUAAAGGGACUUUAUUUCAUUGGGUACUUGCUCUUUGGCCUUGGGACAGGGUUUAUUGGACUUUUCCCCAAAGUGUAUUCUACUCUGGCUCUAUGUUCCCUAUUUGGUGUCAUGUCCAGCACGUUAUACACUGUACCAUUCAACCUCAUUGCUGAUUAUCACAGGGAGGAAGAGACUCAGAGCAGAGGAAAAGAAGAUGGUGCUUUCCGAGGCAAAGGAGUAGACUGUGCUGCCCUCACUUGCAUGGUUCAGCUGGCCCAGAUCCUUGUUGGUGUGGGUCUGGGCUUCCUGGUCAGUGUUGCUGGUAGCGUGGUGGUGGUGGUGAUUUCCGCCUCGGCCAUUGCCUUAUUCGGCUGCUGCUUUGUAGCAUGUUUUGUCCGCUACGUGGAUGAAAACAAUAAAUAGUGGAUGGUUGGGAAAACUGCUGCCUUUGGAUCAAGCAAGGAGAAAGAAGGUUGGCUUUCGAUGAUGAAACCACAAACUGGGGGUGGGAGAUCCCAAUAUAGUAAGUACAAGGAAGGGUGCUGAGCUGAUUUUAGGGAUAGGGUUCGGCAUGUUGGACGGUUCCUCUAAAUCUUUGGACUAAAAGCCAAAAGCAGGUUCACGACUCCCACAAUAUUGGUGUCGCCAGCCUACAGUGAAUCCAUUUUCUCACUUGGUGUGUGGUCUCUCUUUCUUUGGGGAUUCUUUUCCAUCUCCUACAAUUCAUCCAAAAAAUUCUCUGAGGAGAAUUCUGGGAGUCUCGGUCCACAAACCCACAACUUACAGCUACCUACAUUUCAUUCACCUGGAGCAGGGUCUACCUCUAAUAAUGGUGGUCUCCAUUUUUUGUUCUUAACAUUAAAAAAAGAAAGGAGAAAAAAAAAUAAGAGAUCAUGAUGCUUCCUGGAAACCACAAACCCACAGCCUAUUAGGCUAUGUGGAAGGUUCCUCCAGAAAAAGAAUGAAGCUCUGUGGCAGCUUCGGGUUUUUUUUUGUUUUGUUUUUACAUUAAUAAUAGGAAACAAAGAACGCAGAAGGCCCAGAAGCCUUGGAGGGAGGCCAUGCUCCAGGUGAGUGAAAUGUAGGUGUCUUGUCAGUGUGGUGGGGGGGCUGAAACUCCCAAAUUUUUGGCUGGGGAAUUCUUGGAUAAUUCUGGAUGUUGGAGGCAAAAACAUGCACACAGAACCACACACCUACUAGUAACACUUCUGCUGCUGUUUUGGGGUUGGCAAAACACGAAGGCAUUUGUUCUGCCACAAAGCUGAGUCACACCUAUGCUAUGGUCAAGUGGGACUUAAAAGUUCUUCUCAGGAAUCUGUAUGUCAGAGGAUAGCUAAUUUUAAGCUUCUAUAGACAUCUCCGUCUGUGG